AUGGCUAAGCUAGCUCUGCCAGGGGAGAUUUCAAUGUUGGUGAAUGGACAGAAAGCUUGGUGUGUGGCAAAGCCAGCAGCACCACAACAAGCACUGCAGUCAACUCUGGACUAUGCCUGUAACUAUGCAGAUUGCAGCCCUACAAAGAAAGGAGGUUCUUGGUAUGACCCGGAUAGGCCAGUGCACCGUGCCUCAUUUGCCAUGAAAAUGGGUAUAUAUUACUAUGGAAUUUGUGAUCACACUUAUGACAAGUUUGCCACAAUUUUAAGAGAGUUCGACAUUGUGGUGCAACGAUCAUAA